AGGCUUUAGCUAGCUAUAGACUUGAAGGAAGAGUUGUGAGAUGGCGCCGCAAAGGGAAGUCAUGAAGCGCCGUCAUAGAAUAUACUGAGAAACUUGUUUUACACACCCUCGUCUUUGUGGAAGAAAACCAACGAACAAACACAAGAUAAAACAAAAUAAAGAAGAGACUAUACUUAAAAUGGCGACUAGCAGCUCUGAGAAGGGCAACAGUGAAACAAUGAAGGACGAGAAAUCAUCUCUGAACAUGGAGGGGAGAGUGGGCAGCGUGGCUGCAACUACAGGAGACAGAGCUGCACAAAAUGGCGAACAGGCAUCCAUGGACGUUCAGAAUUUGGGCGAUAGAGGUUUCAGGAGCAGAAAUAACAGUAGCGAGCAAGUCAAAUACGAAAACAGCGCGGGGACUGCUGUGAGGCAGAUGGAUGAACCUCCUAGAAAACGUUUUCAGAUUCCAAGAAAAAACAGGGAUAAGAAAGUGCUUCAGACAGUUUGUUCUGGCUCUCGGGAGUUUGACGAAAUUUUGAAAAUUCUACAUUCGUCAUACUUGGAUUCAAACUCUGUGACACAUUUCACUUACAAAUCUGCCCGACUCGUUCAUAAUGAAUUCAUGGAGAAAGAGUUUAUUGAAAAACGAAGGCAGUUGAAAUUUGACGGUCGACCAGAUAAAGAACUUGUCGAGUCUUAUGCAUUUCUCUUGGUUGAUAACGAUCAGGUAAAUACUAUAUCUGAAAGAGGUCUCAUUGUGGGGCAUUCUAAACUAACAACUCUUGGCAAGUCAUCAAUGGGAAUUUACUUGUCUAGGUUUUCAGACUUACUGCAGGCAAAUCCUUUGGAUCCUGGGACAACUGGCAAUAUUUUUAUAUUUAAAGUUAUAAAGGGAAAAAUUAAAGGCAUAUAUGAUCAGAUGAGGCAUAACCAGAUGGAUUCAUCAUUCGGAGCAUUGGAUCCAGCGCCCAAACAUGAAUGUCAUGUCUUUAAAAACAUCAACAAUGUCACAACAUUGUUGAGCUACAGGGCUUUUGAACGAUCUCAGUAUUACUUUUAUGAAUAUGGCUUUGAUGAGAUUCUCAAGAGACCGAGACAUGUUUGUCCAUUUGCUGCUGUUUUAUUUGGAUACAAAGAAGAGAUGACACCUCGACAGCCAUCUUUGUUUUUGUCAGGAUCCCCUGUGAUUAACACUGAUAAAUAUGCAGAUAGGAGCUGUUUUACAUUAUGGAGAGGCCAGCUUCUUAAUAAAGGAAAGCUUUUGUGCUAUGCGUCCUUGAAGUCAAUCAAUGGGCCCUUUCUUCCAUACAAACUACCUGACAGGCUGAAUUUGAACACAGUUAUGCAAAUUGAUCAGUUAAAGAAGAAAAUUCCAUCUGUUCUGUUCUUUAAGGAAACCCACAAUAAAUCAAAGGAAGUCACGAUGGGUGGUAUGUUUAGCCGUAUGUAUGAAGUUGUUGAAAAGACAAGGACUGGAAACAACUUUCAGAACCUUCUACUAAAACUAGAGAAAGAAAAACUGGCUUUAGUAAAACCAUUGGCAGAUAAAGGAUUUUUGUUUCUCUUUUUUCCAUCACCAAUGACGACAUCAUAUGGCUCUCAAAGUGGAAGAUCCCGUCUCCUUCAUGCUUUGUUUGUUUACAAAGAAUCUAGAGAAGCUCUGCCACAUGUGACUUCGAAAGCAGCAACAGUAAUGCAAGACAAUCCCGAAAUUAUGCCAGAAUUAACCACCUUUAUCUCUUCUCUGCAUGUUGGUCUCCAUAAGAGCCAUGCAGAUACUUCUGCAGAUUUUAAUAUUGUUGUUGAAAAGCACGCAAGCGUUUAUUUAAAACGAAGAGCUGAACGCAGUUCAAAAUAUAAGGAAUAUGUUCCAAAGCCAUAUGAUACUCGACUGGAUUAUAAGAAGUCCCUUUAUACUGCACCAAAAGAUAAGAGCCGCAUUGCUAUUCCUUUAAAAAAUUAUAUUUUCGGAUCUGAAGCAUACACAUUACCAGUUGACAGAGCAAAAGAACUGAUCAAAGCAAACCAACAAUUUCAGCAGUUUAGUCCAGUGUCUGAUUAUGAACCCAUAGAAGAAGAGGAAGUUACAAAGCCUGUCAACAACAAAAGACUGAGCCAUGCUACUGAAGUUGUCAAUGAACAAGCAACUUCUCGCGCAGACUACGAUCUAGAUAAAUUAAAUGGUCUCAUAAACCUGAUUCAGAGUCGAAAACAGAAUUCUUUUACCAGUUCUGAGCCAGAGGAAACUUUAAGUAGUGGAAUAAAAAGAAAAAUUGAAAGCAGUCCAGAAAACCAAUGGAAACACCUCAAAAGGGAAGAAACUGCUUACAGUCAAGAACAACCAGCUGAAACUUCACAUUCCAUGACAUCAUUUAUAAGUGCUCUUGGUGGCCAAGAUACUGAUCUGAGGCAAGAAAACGCUGAUCAGAGUAUUGCUGAAACUGCUGAUUUUAUUAAAUUACUUUUAGCAACUCUUGCUGAUUCUAAUGCAAAUGUGUCACCAGAAGAGUCUAUGAACAAAGUGGCGGGGAUUGCAACUGAUAGCACAAAUGAGGAUAUAGGGCUAAAUAAUGAAAUGGCAAUGGACAUUGUAUCAGAUAGUCCUGAUCAAGAAGAAAAUGCUGGUCAUGGAAGUGAAAAAAGUGUCCAGGAAAGCAGUGCAACAAUUUUAAGUAAUUCUGCGGAGGUUGACCUCCAAACUGAGGAAACAUGUCACUAUCCUGAAAAUAUAGAACCCAGAACUCCGCCAUAUUCAAAAAGUGCCAGCCCUUGCCCCAGCACUCCUAUUGAAACGGUCUACCAACGACAGUGCUCUAGUUCAGACAACGUGGAUGGUGAAAUGCUCUGGAAACUUAUUCCAAUUACAGGAGAGGGAAGAAGAUUUCCUGUGGAUCAUGUUGGAAACAUUAGAGAUGCAAAAACACAAGGUUUAAACCUUUCUGAAGAACAACUUUCAUGCUUGUCACCUAAAGAUGCACAUCCAGAUGAUCCAAGGGUGUUGCACAAUAGGAGGAGGAGAAGCUCUGGAUGUUCUCCUUACCAAGACUACAAGAGGAAAAAAAAUAGGACAUUUAAACAUGAAAAGGAAGACCGCAAAGACCACUUAUCAGCGCUCUCAAGGGAACAUAAUUUGUUUGAAACCAAACACUGUGAAAAUGGUGUAAUUGAGAACACUGUUCUAGAAGUCUAUGGUAUCUUCUCUGAACGUCUUUAUGAAGUUUUAAGACAAAAAGAAAUAACCUAUAUGGGUAAUUCAGUAACACCACUGCUUUCAUCUAAUCAAAGGGUGGCAAGACUUUCAGAUUGGUUAUAUACACAGACAUCUGAUAUCUCUAUUAAUCGCUAUGUAGAGGAUUUGCAUGACAGGUUGGAAAGCAUUGUUACUGCUUCUGUAAAUUCUAGUGGUGUAGAUAAACCAGUUAAUGAUACAUUUCCUGAAAACGAAGAUGAUGAACGCUUGCUAUCAAUUCGGGAAAUGACAAGUGUUCCUUCAUAUACUGAAAUUAAUGAAACGCACGCACAAAGGAAUAUUCCAAGCAAUCGGAAUCUUCAAGAGUGUGAAGGACAGUCUUCUUUAGCCGACUAUGCGCAUGUGGAAGAAAGCAGGAACAAUCGGGAAAGUUCUCCGCUACGUUCAACAUUUAGUUCAUCACCAAGAACUCCUGAAAAAAACACAUCUAGUUUGCCAGAGUUUAAUUCUGCUACACAAACUGCACUGACUGACUUGAUAAACCAGAUGCAUCCUGAAGUAUUUAACAACCUAAUGAAAAUUUUUACCCAUGUAAAUAAGAAUAUAGUCAAAUUUUAUAUUCAUUCAGAAGAGGAAAAUGUGACCUGUGGAGAAAUUAAGGAAUAUCUUCAGAAGUUGGGUAAUGCAGAAUGUCACCCGCAAACCUUUUUGGAAUCAAGAGAGCUUGCUGAUAAACUUCUAAUUAUUAUUCAGAAUGAAGAUAUUGCACACUGUAUUCACAGGAUACACUGAAAAGUUUCCUGAGUUUUCUUGAAGGAAUAGACAGUGCUGAAGGAAAAUGGCAGUGGAAGAUUCAUUGCAAGUUCCAAAAAAAACUGAAGGAAUUGGCGAGGCUGAAUUCAAAUGCGCUAAAUAUGUUGACACUCCUGAAUACAUAUCAGAAGAAACACUUGGUUGAGAUUCUUUCUUACCAUAACUGUGAUUCGCAAACUAGACAAGCUCCAGAACUAGAAUGUCUCAUCAAACUUCAGGUUCAGAACAUACACCAGCGUCAUGUUCUAUUUUUAACAGAAAAAAACGUAUCCUUGUUUCCUAAUCAUUAUGACAAUGGAAUAGUUGUUACAACCAUGCAAGAGUUCAUGCUGAAAUUUUCAAGCAUUGUUGGUCAUCAUAAUUCAAAUACUGAAGACAACUGCCUUUCACAACUGGCUAGUCAAGAAGACAAAACUGUUCCCACAGAAUCCAAUGUCAAGGAGGAAGAUGAUAUGUCUAUAGAUUCAGAGGAUGAAGCACCACAUAUAGAAGUAUGCACAGAUUCUUUAAAACAUGUAUCACAGAUUGAAGAGAGCACUAAAGGAUCAGAUUGUAUAGAGACUUCUUUUACAAAAAGCUAUGUUGAUUUUGCACAAUCUAAAGCUCCAAGUGUUGGUACAAAUGAAGUACAAUCAGUAACUCCUAUCUCUACGACAUGCCAGAAUAAUACUGUACCUGAAAAUAUUUCAAGAGAUUUGCAAGACUCCAAAAGUAAAAAGAAUUUGUCUCACCAGUUUAGUCAUUUUAAUGUUCUCACUCAUCAGACUUUUCUAGGAGCAAUGCACCCAAUCUUGGCAAACCAACCUCAAGGAGGAAAAUAUUUCAUUAAUCCGCCAGAACCUGAUCCAUCUCAAAAUCCAGAGUGGGAUAAGAAGUGGAAUUUGAAAUGAAAAUUUUGGUUUCUAUAUCCAGAGUAAAUGAUAAAUAUUUAUAAAUACCUUUUCUAAGAUUAUUCGUUUUAUUAUAUAUGUAACAGGAAACUCUGUUUUUUUUUUCCCUGCCUCAUUUUUUAAUCAUGAUGGCAUGUAAUCCUUACAACCAACAGCAAGAAAAUAAAUAUUUUUUUAAGAUA